GACCAAACCCCAUAUCUAAUCUAGCCGUUACUUCAUCAUUUUGCUUACGUGGCAAUAAAAAUUUUCAAAUCCCAAAAUCGUUACGUUACCUAACCUUGUAAAGAAACUAUUUAAAAAUAAAUUUGACCGUUAACUUGAAUUUCAGCAAUACACAAACCUCGUCCUCUGUUUCGUUUCUCACCUCUUAUUAUUCAUAGCACAACAUUUCUCGAACGAAGAAUGGCUUUCGAUUACGCUUUCACAGACGAGGAAAUGGAGAUCGACGAGACCGUCGGUUACCCAAGAGCAUAUGCAAGGCUCUGCCGCGAUCGUAUUUCUAGUCCGUACAGUCAUGGACCUCCAUUUACUUUCAUGCCUUACUGUCUCCACGAACACGAGGUUUUGAGAGCAAUGGAUCUAGAACAACUCUUCCCUAUCUUUGACCCAAAAGCAAAACACACUGGAAAAAUUAAGCUUUUUGUUAGUCUCUUGUGGAAGCAGCUCAGUCAUCUUGGGAAUGCUGGUUUUGAUCCAGCUGUAAUUCGAGUUGACCCAUAUGGGAAUGUCCUAUACUUUCAUGCUGAUUCUGCUUCUCCUCUAGCUUGGGAUAUAGAUCACUGGUUUCCUUGCUCAAGAGGAGGAUUGACCGUACCAAGCAAUUUGAGGAUAUUACAAUGGCAAGCUUGCAAGAAGAAGCAUAACAAGCUGGAGUUUCUCAUUCCAUGGUGGGAUUUUCAAUUGGGCAUUUCUGUAAACCAGUUCUUGUCAAUAUUUGCUUCUUCAAACUCAGAUUUCAGGCACAGGGCAUUCUCCUUUUUGUUCUCUGAAGGUGAAAGUGAGGAAUUGAACUCUUCGCAGACAGUUGAAUCUCAUUCAUUCCCACAGCCUUUUGUUGAAUCAAAAGAAAAACUUGGUCUUGCUCCAGCAGCCAUUGUUGCAUCUAGAAGGGAAUCCUUUGCCUCCUCAACUUCAAUGGCUUUGCAGUCCUUGGAUUCUAAUAGGCUUAGGCCACGUUCUCCAGCAUUUGCUGCAAGAAAUUCCAAGGCUAGUAGUUCGAAAGAAAAUGAAAAUCCAAAUUACUAUUCAAACCCAUAUCAAUCCAUUGUCAUGGCUAGAGAUUCCCUUAAACAGAGAGAAGAAACUUCAAAGAUGCAGGCAGAAAUUCAGAAACUUGAUAAUGAAGUAAGCGAAAUGAGGAGAAAGAAUGAAGAGGAAAAGGUGAACAUUCAAGACUUGGAAUUGGUACUGAUAAAACGUAGAAGAAGGGCAGAGAAGUGUAGGAGACUGGCCGAAGCACAGUCAUCAUAUAGGACUAUGCUUGAGAAAAUGAUAAGAGAUGCUAUGCACCAGAGUGUCAUGUAUAAAGAACAGGUGAGACUAAACCAGGCUGCAUCAACUGCACUCAUGGCAAGGCUUGAAGCUCAAAAGUCUAUCUGUGAUGCAUCUGAGAAAGACCUCCAUAGAAAAUAUAAAGAAAGGGAUGAUCUUGAGAAACAAAUAAGACCAGAAUGGGAGCAAGCAAGGAAGAGGUCAAGAAUGAAUGCUAAUGAUGAUCUAUUAAUUGAAGAAAGACACCAUCAUAAUAAUAAGCCUAUGCUGUGUUUGCCCGAAACCAAACCAAAAACACCUUUACACAAGGAACUCAGAGUUUUUCUUGAGGAAGAGCAAAAAGCUUCUAAUGCUGGAUUAUCACUGAGUGAAGAAGAAAAGCAAUUUCGUAUAGGUAAGGUGUUGAAGAAAUCCGAAAAGAAUUUCUCCAUUGACAAACGUGGCGGGGAUCAGAGUAAAGCCAUUGUUGUAUUGGAGGAUGACAACAUAGUUGAGCCCAAGUUUAGUGAAUCAAAAGAAGAAAACAACAAAUACCAAAUGAGAUUUCCCUCUCAAGAACCAAAAGUUGAGGAAGAAGAAGAUGAGGAGAUCAGGAAAGAACGUGGCAAAGGCAAUGUAGAGAAAUGGCUGCAGUUGCUGUUAGAGAAUGCUCAAGAAGACUUGUUGGAAGCUCAACAUGAACUCGAAAACAAAAGAAGCAAGACUAAUAAUGAUGACAGCAUUAUCACUAAACUAAAUAACAAGUACCCUCAAAUGAAGGAAAAGAUUGCCCAUGAAAAAGAUAAGGAUAAGAAGAAGGGAAAAGAAAAGAGAAUUGACCAUGAUGAUGAUGAUGAUGAAGUAAGAACUGUGGUUGAAGGAGGAGUUGGUGAAACAAGCAAAAAGGCUUCUGAAGAAAGAGGAAGGAGUCAAAGUGUUGGAAAGGAAAGGAAGCUUGUGAGGUCUGAGAGUUUCAGGGCUUUUCGGCGAAUCCCAUCAUCUCCAUCCCUUAUCUUAGGCAUGAAGAAAAGUGUUGACUGCAUAGGAAAGAAGCCCAUGGUUAGUGGUGAUGAUGAAGAUUAUGAUGUAGGAAAUAGCAAUGGCUUCCUCAACCUCAAGUCAUCCAUUAAGAGUAUCAAGAGAGCAGUCAAAAUAUAGAAUGCUCAGUUGGGGUUUCACAUUAUUACAUAUUUUUUUUCUUCUCCUUAAUACUAUUAAGAUUGUUACAAUAUUUUUAAAAAAAAUAACUGUGUGUAAGUUUUAGGUAGUUUGUUUCUUUGAUUGAUUGCUUUACAUUACGUCUUUUGUUUUUGUGUAUAAGAUUUGUUGGGUCAAGUUUGUAAUAACAACUUGUUGUUUGAUAAAAAGAUUAUAACUGUUGUGUUCUGUUUCUUCCA